UCAGACGACAAAACUAAGAAACCGGACACCGAAGCUACCACCAUGCAAGAAAAGCAAUGAUAGUGUGUUGUUCUGUCAAAGAAAUUGAGAACCUUCUCUUAUCUAAGAACACGACAAAAAAUACCGCCAGCGGUCGCUUUAAUAUUUAUGUCAAGCAACUGACUGCUACAUUUAUUCACCAAUGUUUACUACCGUCACAUGGCAGCACUCAGGUUCUCAUGCAUGGGGUAAUUUGUCAUGUAGUGGGUGCGGCACAGCGCUGUAAUCAGCGCAUGCUCCUUACCACUUCCUCUACUGGAAUACCAAAAUAAUAGUGAAAAACACCAUAGCUUCGGGUUAUGUACUGUUUUCGCAGUUCUUAAAUUUCACUAGGGACUAGCUCGAGAAUUAACACUCUAACUGUAUAUUUAACCUGUACCUAUCACUCAUCUUCGUCUUUUCGAAUACAAAAACAAUAUCAAUGUUGCUCAUCUUUCUGAUGGCACGGGCUUCUGAUAUAAAGCACUUAUUGACCAAACUUGUAAUUGUAAGAAGCAGUAAAGGCAUUCUCAGAACGUUUUACAUUUUUUAAUUCAGUGAAAGAAACACGUGUAGUAAUUCUCAGACACAUUUUAGCAUAUCCUAUGAUAAAUAAGAAUGGUGUAACUGUACAUGCACAUGGACAACUAUACAUUCUGUCUGUCUAAUUUUAAUUGACACAUAUCAAAAUUGGAACUGGCACACUAUCAAUAUUGGUUGCAACGUACUUUUACCAGAAAAAAAAUCAAUUUAAUUAUGUGGUUUUUGAUUUUCAAGGUUAGGCAUCUAGUAUCUAUUCUCCAACCCGAGCCAGUAAAGUCGUUUUCUCGUUACUGUAACGUAGGCUUCUUUCGCUUUCAGCCCGCCCCUAAAUUGUGUAAACCGCUUGGCAGAUAAGUUAAGCUAAGGACUUUGGUCUUUACCUUAAUGGCGAGUUUUAGCGUUUUGGUCCGAAUUUUCUUUUUGUGGUGAGCCGUGUUUCUGUAAAGCGUCCGCCGUAACCCAUUUAUUCUAAGCAAUCCUGUAAAAGGCCGGAAGGAGGAAUGUGAAAUGAAUCUAGACGAUUUUGACCGCUGUAGCCGUUUUGAGAGUUUUAAAGAGUCUUGGGAUCAUUACGGCUAUGGAGGUGACUUCGAAGGCAUGGUGCUAGCAGAGUUCUCCAGGAUUAAAGGAAUGACUUACCUCGAUCAUGCAGGGACAACAUUGUUUCCAGAGUCACAAAUUAAAGGAUUCUUCCAAGAUUUAUGUGGAAGUGUCUAUGGUAACCCACACAGCCACAACCCCAGUAGCAGACUGACUCAUGACACUGUGGAGCAUGUGCGCUACAGGAUCCUGCAACACUUCAACACCAGUCCAGAGGACUACACUGUAGUCUUCACCGCAGGCUGCACAGCAGCUAUCAAGCUAGUAGCAGAAAGCUUCCCAUGGACUCCAGCCUCUUCUUUCUGUUACCUGACUGACAACCACACUUCAGUGGUUGGCAUCCGUGGCCUGACGUCACCAAUCGGCGUAGCAUCCAUACCCAUCAGGCCUGAAGAGGUGGAGGGGAGGGCAGGUGAAAGAACAUAUCUGAAGGCCGGAGACUCCCAGGUGCCACACCUCUUCUGCUACCCAGCCCAGAGCAACUUCUCUGGGAAGAAAUACCCUCUGUGGCAUGUCAAGGGCAUCCGUUCAAGAGAGCUGUACCCCUCAUGUACUCGGGAGGGCCAGUGGUUUGUGCUUCUUGAUGCAUCCAACUUGGUGGGUUGCUCACCCCUAGACCUACAGGAGUGUCCUGCAGACUUCCUUCCUGUUUCCUUCUACAAGAUAUUUGGCUUCCCUACUGGAUUAGGGGCCCUGAUCAUCCGGAAUGAAUGCUCACAUAUGCUAAAGAAAACCUAUUUCGGAGGAGGAACAGCUGCAGCCUACCUGGCUGGAGAGGACUACUAUGUACCAAGGGUUAACACUGAUGGCAGGUUUGAAGAUGGCACCAUAUCCUUCCUGGACAUCAUUGCAGUAAAUCAUGGUUUUGAAGCUCUGCAUAGGCUCACAGGGGGCAUAGAGAGGAUCCAGCUACACACAUUUGGCCUGGCUCGCCAUACCUACAUGAUGCUGUCCUGCCUUCAGCAUAACAAUGGCCAGCCAGCGGCCAGGUUAUACUGUGACACAGAGUACCAGGACCCCAGCACCCAGGGACCCCUGUUAAACUUCAACCUGCUGGAUGCCCAUGGGGCUAUAGUGGGGUACUCUAAGGUCCAGAAGCUUGCCAGCCUCUUUAAUAUCCAGCUGCGCACUGGCUGCUUCUGCAACACAGGAGCCUGCCAGCAUUACCUGGGCAUGAGCGACCAGCAGGUUAAAGCCAACCUACAGGCAGGCCACGUGUGCGGCGAUGAUGUGGACAUGAUCGAUGGGUUGCCCACAGGCUCAGUGCGUGUGUCCUUUGGCUACAUGUCCACCUUCGGUGACUUCCAGCAGCUCCUGAGAUUUGUGGUGGACUGCUUUGUGCAGAAGCCAGUGAGGCUGGACUACAUCCGGCUGAACAGGCUGCGCUCCGCUUCGACUUGCUCCGCGUCUGUGCGACACCCCCAGAGCCCCGCAAGACCACAAAUCUCCAGCCCCACUGGCACAGGGGAGGGCCUACAAUUCUCACCUGUGGCUGUGGGAUGUUUUCCCACACGAAGGACAAGCAAUUGUGAGAGAACCCUGAGCCGAAUCUUCCUAUAUCCGGUCAAAUCAUGUGCAGCAAUAGAGGUGACUCAAUGGGCAGUAGGUCACCUCGGCCUUCUUUAUGACCGACUCUGGAUGGUGGUCAACAUUAACGGGGUUUGUUUGAGCCAGAAGCAGGAGCCUCGUUUGUGCCUGAUCCAGCCUAGCAUUCACUGGGCCUGCAAAGAGCUUUGUCUACACGCUACGGGAAUGAAACCUUUAUCCAUUCCGCUAGAGGGCAAUAAACUGAAUCCAGGCAUCAAGGUGUUUCAGAGUAAAGUGUGUGGAGACAGGGUUCAGAGUGUCGAUUGUGGUGAUGAAGCUGCUGAUUGGAUCUCUAAGUUUCUGGGAAAACCCUGUCGUCUGAUUCGGCAGAGCCCUGGCUUCACCAGAGGAAUGAAGCGAGACCAUGCAAAGCCAGUAGCUGGUUUGUCUCUGGUAAAUGAAGCACAGUAUUUGAUGAUCAACAUGGCCAGUGUCAAGUUCUUGAAGGAGCAUAUCAACAAGAGACAGGGCUCUGAGGCUGAAAACCUUGACAUCCAGCAGCUCAUUGCACGUUUCCGUGCUAAUCUAGUCGUCAUGGGUGCAGAACCAUUUGAGGAAGAUAACUGGAAGCAUGUGGUGAUUGGCGACCUAGUGUUCCAGGUGAAUUGUCCUAUUAGCCCGCAUCAGUCUAGUUUUCUGACGAUAAAGAGCAGGAAGCUCAUCAGAGCAGCUCCUUCUGUGAUAUGCCAGGUGACAGGCCUCAGCACGAGAUGUCACAUGAUUGGGAUUGAUCAGCAGACGAGCACCCGGAUGCCGGAGCCUCUAAACUCACUGUCCGCCUGCCGCAAGGGGAAGGUCACGUUUGGUGUGUACUUAGUCCACCAGCACCAAUUGGACCCGGAUCAUACCUCUACCUUGUCUGUAGGAUGUCCAGUUGUGCCUCAGUCCCGUGGAGGAGAUUAAAGUGCGGCUGCUCUAAAACCAUUAUUGAUACUGGUAUUGUUUUUUUAAUGAAUCACUCUCCUCCUGUUUCAGUACAUUGAGUGAUAAAAAUUUUUACAGCAGUACUGAACCCCAUUGAUGAAAAUGUUGUGCCAACUCUUGUAUGUAAUAUUUGUUUACAUGCAGUCUGCAUUAUUUACAUGCUUUACCUGGAAGACGAAGUAGCUUUAAAAAAGUUAAAUGAACAGCACAUUUGUAUUUUCAUACAAAAAAAACCCAG